CAGUGGCAUUGAGUAAUUUGCCCAUUUGGGUUAUGAACAUAGUUCCAACAACUGCAAGCAACACCUUGGCUGCAAUAUACGAUCGCAGAUUAAUUGGUCCUUUCCAUGACCGGUGUGAGCCUUUCUCAACUUACCCACGAAUUACGUAUGAUCUGUUGCAUGUUUUUCAUCUUUUCUCUAACUACAAGGGCCGCGAAGAAAGUUGCUCGGUAGAAGGUAUAAUGCUAGAGAUGGAUCGCAUCAUUCGGCCUCAGACUAGAGGCAUUGGAGGGAGCAACACCCGUUUUCGUGCGAGGGAUAGAGACGCUGCCGACGACGACGAGAUGUGAGGUUUUUGUAUUUUUAAUACAACGAACAGUUUUAUAUUUGUAAUAGUACUCUACUUUUAUUCAUGUCGUGUACUUUAUAUUAUUCAUCUCGUGUUAUGGAUGAA